GCGGCCUCUUCGCAAUACCUUAUACUUGAUCGCUUUUCCAACCGCCCAUGACGCUGUUCACCAGAUCGCCACAGCCGUUUCCCCCGGCCCAAGGUGCCAUUUCUCCUCCGGCCGGCCCACUAACAAUCUCGGGAUAAUCUUGAGAGUUUCCCAGUCGGUCGCUUGACCGUUUGGCGAAUGUCGAACAAUUUCCUUUCUGAUAACCUUGCACUGCUGGUGCCACAACGAACCGGGCCCUAGAAUGCUGCUCGCCUCUGGUUCGACCGAUAGUUGUAACGCUAAUCCUGGUUGGCGCUGGUGCGGAAACGCUGCCCGUUGCAGAUGCGACUCCAAGAACCCAAAGAGGAGAAAGAGACAUUGGCACCCCCUUUAAUCAACAUGCUGCUUGCCACGCGCCCGGCAUCCCCUGGCUUGUCUUGCAUCUGUCUCUCCGCUUUGCCCACGUUGAGAUGAGGUUGCCUCCUAUCAUUGCUCUCCGUUUGAUUGAGUCCCUAACUCAAUUCCCGAGUCUGUGCUUUCGGCUUCUUCCCAUGCGUGCCAUUUGCCUCCAUCUGAAAGGCGAACGCCAACACCCAUAUCCACACUCAUUCCCAGCUUUUGAAUUCUUGGAUUUUGAACCCCACCAUCGCCAUUCCUUUCGACAUUCCACCAGAGGUUAACUUUCUCUCCCUCUGUUCCAACAGCCCGGUCUGUGUCUGCGACGUUGAGCCUGGUGAAUUCGUCCGUCUCAGACAGCAUACACUCCUUGUCUCUCACUCUUGUCACUCUCUUGUUAUAAAGAAGACCUCACCGCUGGCGCGCCGUGUUCUGCGGACUUCUGGCGAUACUAAACGUGUCGCAAACGUCCCAAACCGCUCAUUUCGACAACUGUUCGUCCUUGCGGAAGUCCAAUUGGAUCAUUUUGCAUUCACACUCCCUCACAAUGCUGUCUCAAUACACUCUUUCGGCACUGGCGGUGCUGGCAUCGCUUGCCCAACCCGCGGUCGCUCAAGUCUCGACGAAAUGUAAUCCGAUGAACACGACCUGUCCUGCCGACCCGGCUUUUGGCAUGGACUACAACUUCAACUUCAACUCUACUCCCUCGACUGAUGCCUGGGAAACCACUGUUGGCCCUGUUACGUACACCUCGGACAAUGGCGCGGAAUUCACGAUUAGCAAGCAAGGCGACUCUCCGACAAUUCGAUCCAAGUUUUACUUCUUCUGGGGCCGUACCGAGAUCCACAUGAGGGCCGCCAAGGGAAAGGGCAUUGUGAGCUCUAUGAUGUGGCUCAGCGACACCUUGGACGAGGUUGAUUGGGAAUUCCUUGGAAUAAAGAACGACGCCUUGAGCAACUUUUUCGGCAAAGGUGUUCAGGACUGGCACAACGGUGCCGAGCACCCUGUGACGGGUAGCAUCCAGGACGACUUCCACAACUACACCUGCGUGUGGACCAAGGAGAAGCUCGAGUGGUGGGUUGACGGCAACAACGUUCGCACUCUUCUCCCCAAGGACGCCAACAACUCCCUGGCCUAUCCCCAGACUCCCAUGCGCCUCAGUCUCGGUAUCUGGGCUGGUGGAGAUCCCCGCAUGGCUGCGGGUACUAGAGAAUGGGCUGGAGGUGACACCGAUUACGCCGCCGGACCGUACACCAUGUAUGUCAAGUCUGCGCAGGUGACGGACUACAGCUCCGGAAAGGAGUACUCUUUUGGCGACAAGACGGGCUCUUGGGAGAGCAUCAAGAUUGCUGCCGGCAACUCAACUGUCAAGGAAGCUCUUCUGGAGGAACCUAGCAAGUCUGUGAGCGAAAAGUUCAACGAGCUCAGCCCAACAGCCAAAACGGCUGUAUAUGCUGGAGGUGUCGGCGUAGGCUGUGCUCUGAUUGCCUUUGGUCUCUGGUACUUCAUCCGUCAGCGUAGACGUGGUGCUAACGAGGCAAGCCUUGCCGCCAAGAGAGCCGAGGAAGAGCGUCUGGAGCUUGAGGGCUUCCACAAGCGCGGCGUCGACCCUGACUCGUUUGCUGGCGCGACAGGCACCGAGUACAAUGCUGGCGCAUUCAGCAAGAACGGCAUGGUCCAGGAGAACACCUACAGCAUCCCGGCAUCUCAGGAAAAGGGCGCGUGGGGUGUCGCACCCAUGGCCGCGGGCGCCGCUGGGGUUGGUGCUGCAGCUGGCAUGCGAUCAUAUAGCGACAACCCGAAUGGCCACGGCCAGCUCAUGUCUCCCUUGCGUACCCAAAGCCCUGGAAUGCCGCCUUCGGGUCCCCUGCCUAUGGCCCCAAGCCGUAGCGCAUCGCAAGGAGGUUACUCUCGCCUCGGCUCACCUGACGGCCAACAAAGCCCUCCCCCGCCGAUGAGCCCGCCUUCACACGGAUAUAGCGACCAUGGAUUCGGCGCGCAGCAAGGCUACAAUAAUGGCGGUUAUGGAGGCGCGAAUCAGGGAUACUUCAACAACGGUGGCGCCCAGGGAGGUUUCCGGUAGCGCCGAUGCCCACUCAUUUUUUUUCCUAACGUCCUAUCAUUCUUUCCGCCAACGCGCUUGCGGCCUUCUUGUAUUUGUUUCCAGCUAUCUUGCAUGAAUAUCCGAGCGAUUUCCUUUUCUUUUCUUAUCUUGAGCGGAUGAUAUGAUAGGGAGGUAAAGAAAGAAAGCCCUCGAUGGGGUUUGAGAUGUACAUCACCGGUG